UUUAGUUCCGGGGGCUGCUCCGCAUGAACUGCGGCCGCCGCCGCCUCCUCGGCCUCGGCCCCAGCGAUGAUCCCCAUCGCGGUGGUGGUGUGCGUGCUGGGGGGCUGGUGCGCCAUCUACCUGGCGGAUACGCUGCUCAAGUCAUCCAACUCUUUGAAGGCGUCUUAUGAAGACUGGCUGCUGACGUACGGCCUGAGUGUCUCUCCUUUUCACAUCCGAUGGCAAACAGCUGUUUUCAACCGCCAGUUCUACAACUGGGGGAGAUGGAAACCCAGAUUUCUAUAUUUAUGGUUCAGCAUAGGAAUGGUGUUUGGUAUAAUUGCCAUGUUUGGCUCUGUUAUUCUUCUCGGGAAGACACUGAUGCAAACACUGACACAGAUGCUCACCGAGGCACCGAAAGCCCAGAAUGAUCGUAUGCUGCAAGUUGUGGUGCCUGGUGUAAAUUUGCCUGUCAGCCAGCUGACCUAUUUCUUCGCUGCAAUCCUCAUCAGUGGUGUGAUACAUGAAGUCGGCCAUGGGGUGGCAGCGAUUCGAGAACAAGUACGAUUUAAUGGAUUUGGGAUUUUUAUCUUCAUUGUCUAUCCUGGAGCAUUUGUUGACCUCUUCACAACCCACUUGCAACUUAUAUCUCCAGUCCAGCAAUUAAGGAUAUUUUGUGCAGGAGUGUGGCAUAAUUUUGUUCUUGGUGUUGCAAGUUUCAUUGUUCUGUUACUGCUACCAGCCAUUCUUUUCCCUUUCUAUUACACGGGUGUUGGGGCACUUGUCACUGAGGUCGCAGAGGAUUCUCCUGCCAAUGGACCAAGAGGUCUUUUUGUGGGAGACCUUGUCACUAACCUACAAGACUGCCCAGUCUAUAGUGUGGAAGACUGGAAUUCCUGUCUGGAAGACAUUUCAGAGAAGUCACAGGUCGGCUACUGUAUAAGUGCAGCCACCCUACAGCAAUUAAGCUUUCCAGCUAGAGUCUACAGAAGACUGGAUGGCACAGUUGAGUGUUGCAGUAACAACAGCCUCACAGAUAUUUGCUUUUCAUAUAGCAAUAAAUUGGACAGCCACCUGUAUGCCUGUCUGCCAGCACGAAAAGUUAUUGAGGCCAGCAAAGUUUGUCGAACCAACAUGGACUGCCAGAAGGACUCUGUUCCAAGCUUUUGUGUGACUCCUUCUUUAGAGAACCAAACAAGACUAAUCAGGGUAAAACAUCCACCUCAUAUUGACAUGCUGUAUGUAGGACACCCCAUGCAUCUUCAGUACACAGUAAGUCUCAGCAGUUUUGUACCACGACAAAACUUUCUAAGCAUCGAUGUGCCUGUGGUGAUAGAGACGUUUUGCAAGUAUCUAAUUUCACUGUCAGGAGCACUGGCAGUUAUCAAUGCUGUACCCUGCUUCGCUUUGGAUGGUCAGUGGAUAUUAAAUUCAUUUCUGGAAGCUACUCUGAGCCCCCUGGUUGUAGAAAAACAAAGCAGAGAACUUGUUGGCUUUUUAAUUUUGCUUGCUGGUAGUGCACUGUUGGCUGCCAAUGUUGCACUGGGACUUUGGAUGGUGACAGCACGAUAGAACAUUGGAUACUCUUUCAUCAGUUCUCAAAGUACACAGAAAUAAUGAAUCCAUUGCCUUUUAAAACUUGUUCGGUACUCAGAUUGAAGUAAUUCCCUUAAAAUGACACUGAAAGAGCAAUCACUGGUGGAUGCUGUUUUAAUUUAAAUAUGUACAACGUUGCGCUUGUGGUCAUGAGAGAACUAACAGAAAGAAGUAGGAACCAUUGCAUAUACUCUUUAUGCACUGUACUAAUUUUGGAGAAAUUACAUUGUAAAGUUUCACAUGAAAAAGCCUAAGACUUCAUUAAUUUAGAUCUCAAGGGAAUUAUUUGGCGUCAAACAUUUGUAAAGUGGGAGAACAAAAACACUUAGGUUUUAUUUUAUAAUUUGGGUAAUUGUCCAAAAAUCUUGUGUGGGUUUUGAUAAUUUCUCAGUCUCAUGAACGUCUUGGUUUUGUUUUUUUAAUCUGUUGUUCUACCAAAAUGGACUCUUAAGAAGCCCUAAACUCUGAUCUCAAAAUGGUGAAAAGCUAAGAAAAUUAUUACCAUAUGUUAAUGAGGAGAGAGAGGCCAUGUGGGUUAGUAUAUUUCCCUUCAACUGGCCAAAAUGGACUGGAAGCAUGUUGUCCUCAGGAUGUAUAUGAGAAGUGCCAAUGUCUGUUAAGAAUGAGGCGUGUGGGAGGAUAACAAAGCCCACAUGUCUGUGUUUCUUACCCAUUCAGUUGUAUAUUAUCAUACACAGCUGAAGAUUUGUUAAAGGCAAUAUUUGUCAGCAAUAGCCACUAGAUGACUGAAACUUAGUUUCUGAGAGCUGAGGUAUGUUGUGCACAAUACAAGUGAUAAGUAAUGUUUGUGUUGUUUUACUCAGAAAAUAGAACGUGUUACACCUGUUUACAGUUAAAAGUGAAACCUGUUGUUUUUAUGGUGUCUGUCUUCUGAUGCUAUGCAUGUAAUAUGUACAGUAACUCACUGAUGGGUUUCUGUCUUUCAAAGGGGUGUUUCCCUUUGCCAGGAUUCGUUCUGUUCAAAGAUAGCUAACAAAGAUGUUUAACUGAAGCAGGUCUUGGAUCAGAAUUCUUAGAGGAAGAAUAUGAUUGUGAAUUGAGCUAAUUAAACAUUUGGCUUUGCUUUCUGAAAUGAAUACAGACCAUAUCCUUGUUCUUAAAAGAACAGUGGAAGAACAGCCGGUGUUUUGCUGACUGAAGCAUGCCUGACAUACUUUGAAGCUCUUUAAGUCUGUAAUAUUUUGUACCUAAUAGGACUAUAUAUUGACUGUCAUACCCUCCUGUGAUAUAUUGCCUGGUUUAUAUCAGUCAGGUUCAUUCAGCUGCUAGCCUCAAUAUAGACUGGUAUUUAAAAAAAAAAAAAAAAAUGGCUCUAGUUUGGGAGUCUAAGUAUUUGAGAUAGGGAUCUUUUGAAAAAUGCCCUACAACUCCUGUCCCAUAGGAGCUGCUGCAGCUCAGAGUUCCUUUACAGAAAUGGCCUUUCCCUCAGACACUAAAGUGGAAGCUAAGCUCACAGUAUGGGCCUGCAGGGAGUACUGAAGCAUUCGAGGCCGGCCAACAUAGAUUCUCUUGGCACUAGAGGUAAAAGCCUGGGUAAUUUUAAAAGCACCAGUUCCUGGUGCUACUGUGUGGAUUCGUAACUAUCAUGUUUGCGUUUGUCCACUGAUGUGUUACUUUAUUUUUGCACAGUAGCCUUCACGCUUAGUUAAGAUAUAUUCUUGUCUUACGAAGAUGCAAGCAGAAAGGAGAGAGCACAUUUGUUUAUUUGUUGUUGUGUUAGUUUACUUACCUCCCCAGUGCUGUCACGGGCUGGGUGGGCCUCUUGAAGUUCACCUCUGUGGGGUGACAGCCCGUGCCUCUCAUUUCAGUCAUUUCAACUCCAGCACGUCGGCACAGAUCCCGGUAAGAAAGAGUAAAUCCUCUGGUCAAUCCAGAGCGAGUCGGUCCCUUUGGGGACUAUUAAAAGUCACACAGAGUGCAAAAAAGGAAAAACAAACUAUCAGAAAAUGCCAGCAGGCUGCCUCUUCUUCUGGAGACACCCUGAAAGUCUUAACUCUUCAUCACUCCUGGAAAGGUGUAGAGGUUUGAGGGCAGCAGUUGUGAUGGGCCACUCUGCCAUCUCUCCGUGGACAGGAGGGACGGGAGCAGCCUGGUUCUUGCACAAAGCCUGGCUUUGAAGCUGUGCUCCAGAAGCCUAAUCACUCAUCUAAGUGGCUGCUCACUAAUCUGAGCUCUGCCUUUCAGUGGCUCUGUGCCACUCUCCUCUGUCUCCCUGCAUCUUGUCCUAUCUACAGUGCGCAACACUCACUUGCAUUUAAGAGUAUUAAUGCAAUGUAGUAAGGCAGGAUAUUUACUUUUCAAAGCUGAUACUAUUUAUGUACCAGAGUUGCAGUGCUGUCUUAUUAUCUAAAGCAACAACAAAUUCAUCUAUGGUGAUUUCAUAAGUAUUCUGUGAAAAACAUGUCAAGUUUGAUACUUUAUAUAUUCAUGUUGACUACAGCUGCUUGGGACAAUCUUUUAGCAUAGUGCCUGUCCUGGAGAUGUAGGCAAAAGAUUUACAAAAACAAAGUUUCUGACUUAACAUAUACAAGUUACAUCUGUUAUAAUGAGGCUGGCAGGUUGUUCCUGUUUAUUUAAUGUGCUACCAAAACAUGAUGUUUUACCAAAGGAAACUAAUUCCAGUUUAUUUUACUUCACACAGUCACUGAAAUCCACAGUUCUACUAAGUAGAACUUCAGUCUGUGUUUGACCUCAUAAUCAAAAAGAGGGUGGAGAAGACAUCAGUCAUGAUUUUAGCAGAACAGACAUACUAGUAUGCUGUAAGGACCCUGGUUAUCUUUUAUAGGAGAAAUAGUACUCAAAGUGUUUAAAAAUAAUUCGUGGGUCCAUUUCUUUGUGUGCUGGAAUUCUACUGAAUAAGAGUCCAAUUUAGGUGUGGACAGGUGCUUUGAAUCAAAGACUUCAAGCAAACUGGGUAUGAAUAAUGACCCAGCACAUCUUAGAUUACCUGUGGACAAAGAUAGUAGUUAAGUUGGACCACUCUCUGAAGAAAAUGUUCUUCAGUGGAUCCAUUUCAUUCUCCUAUAAUCCUAACAUAAGCUAGUACAAUAGAUACAGUUAUUGGGAGGAGUUUUGCUGGGGUUUUGUUUGUUUAUUUAGCAAGAGAGAACACAGAAGGACCAAGAACGUUUAUUGUGUGCUGGAAUUUUACUCUGGACUAUUUGCGAUGUUUCUUCUAUUUCUGUUUUGUAAAAAUUGAAAGGAAGUCUUUCCUUAAAAUGAAAUCUUUCUACUUCUCAUUCUAACUACCCCCUCAGAAUGUAACAUAUUCUUUAAUACAGAAUCCAUCAAUAUAAUUUUAGGGCAUAUUAAGUGGAGUAUAAAACAGAACACUCUUAAAAGAUUGGGUGGAUACUACUAUUUAUGUAUAUACUAUGCAUUUGAAAUCUGUAUCAGAUGGAAAAAGUAAUGUCUAACAUUGGGAACUGUUAUAUGUAGCUUUUACUUGAAAACUGCCAGAAGAAUUCUGUAAUUCUAACCAUUGUUCUGCGUUGUUUUUUAUAAGAUUUUUUCUAUAUCAGCCAAUAAUUCCAUAGCAUGUCCUGAUAAUCCAUGAUACAAUGUGAAAGUGGGUAACUUCUUAGCAUGUGAGAAGUUACAUGCCGUUUGCUAACUUAGGAAAAAAAAAGCAGCUUGCUUCUGUACAAGUUAAAUGAAAGAGACUUCACAAGAAAAAGACAAACUUGCAGAUACCAAAUUUAUGACCCACAGUGGAAAAUCUCUUAAUUCAUCCUUUUUAUUUAGAACAAGACAAGCAACUGUAUGGGCAGUUAUAUUUUUCAGUCACGAUGAUUCUGGGUUUGUGUAUAUGUGUAUGUAUACAUGCAUAUAACAAGGUACAUACACAGCCACAGUCUGUGUUGCUGCUUUUUUAGGGAUAACUUAACGGAAGUCCUCCAUUUUCUGCAAUGAAGGCUCUUGUUUUCCCUUUUCUUUCUCUCUAUGAAUUCCAUGGCUUUGUCUGGAUUUUAAAAUUGCAGCUAUGUUUUUCUCCCUUAACUGAUCUAACUCUUCUUUAUUAACAGAAGACAAGUGAUGGAUGUAAUGUAACCACAGCUGCAUGAGUUUUGCUCAGCUGAUGUUUAAAAUGUGUUUCUUGCUUUCUGUGAGGCCUCAGCUACAAGCUUGGUAAACACAGAUUUUUCAGGGCAACUAAAAGAAGCCAACCUUAGAAUCCAUCACUCUCUAAAUGCUGCUAUUUCUGCUGUUCUGAAUGAUAACUGGGGUGAGAGAGACUGUCUAGAUUAUACUGAAGAAAUAAUGUUUUCAGGACAGAGCUUUCUGUGGCAGUCAGGAUGGUUUAGAACACCAGCAAUCCACGUUUUCUAAUAGGUUUCCUACACAUUUUACAUGAUGGCAAAGGGUGACCUGUAGCAAUUAAGUUUUUAAAUAAAUUCUGUAUGGCUUCUGUCUGAAAGAUGUGAAUUUGGAUCUGGAUAUAAUUUAUGACAGAUGAAGAAGGUUUAUAAAGAAUUAUGUUGCCUAGUCUGUGUUUAAUUAUUUUUAAAUGACGUGCGUUAAACUCUAGAAAUAAGUAGUUAUUUGUAAAAUAUGCAUUCUCCACACCUGCAUUCAGAGCAGUUCCCACAACCAGUCUUGCCUCAGCUUUGAUCUUGUAACCUUGUGAGUAAGGAAACAAGGAAUCUAACUCAGGUAAGAUCCAAUGUUAGCAGUUAUUUUAUAUCCUUUUUUAUCCUGAACUUCAUGUAACACUAUACAUAGAUUACUUAUUUAACGUGGCUGAGUUAUCUGGGGGACAUAUCCUGUAUUAAUGCAGCAUUUGGGAAGCGUUGUACUAGGGACUGCCAGAAAAUGGCUCUCUCUUGUUCCUUGGACUUGCCCACUACGAUCAUGUGAAGAGCAGACGGCAACGACUAAGGGCAGCGAAGAACCUCAGUUUAUGGCAGCUUUAUGAAACCUUCACACUGCUCACCCAGCGUGAAAGGACAGGAACAAAGAGCAGGAUAUGACACUGCAAUUCCAUUCAUUCCGUUUACAUCAGCAUGAAACGUGAAAAGAACUUGUAAUUAACAUUUCAGAGCACGCAGAUAUAUUUUCCAGUCCUUCACUGAAUCAUUCAGUGACUGGUGAUCAAACUUUUUGGUGUGUUGGUUUUUUUUAACACUUUGUCAUUCCAUGUGCUGAAUAAGUGGCAUGGGUAGUUGUAACAUAUUUAGUAGAAUGGGUAUUUCUCACCUCUAGGUGUUCAUCUUGAGGGUUGGUUUUUGCACCCUCAUAGCGUAACUGACCGUCACUUCAUCCUAAUUUGAAAGUUUGGAGGCUAUUUCCAAGCCGUCACUAGAAAAAUCUAGUUUCUUCUUUCACAAGUUGUUUGUUAAUAUUUUAAAUUCCUUUUUUCUUUACAUAACUUUGCUUUUAGAUUUCAUAUGCUCAGAUGAUCUUAUCUGAAGUCUGUCAAUGGAAUAUGUAUUGUUUUGAAAUUCACUGUGGGUUUUUUUUCCUCUACAUAGCCUUAUUUUUCACAUUGACUCACAGCUGUGGAAUGUUAGAUUUCUAGACCCUUUGUUCCCACUAUGCAUUGUUCAUGAUCCUGUUUUUUUUUUUUU